UUUAUGCUCAUAAAUAAUGGGAAUUUUACAAAAAUACUGCUUUUUGACACAAACUUUACAUUUUUACUGAGACACGGCAAAAACAACUUUUGUACUGCCCAAGCCCAAUUUCAUUACUUUUGUACUGCCCAAGCCCAACAUCAUUUCAUUUCUACUGUGAACAGCAAAACACACGGGAAACAACCUUGUUCGUGUGUGAGCAGACGCCGGAGACGGAAAUCACCAAGAAAACACCAUUAAAUCCGGCGAAGAGUUUUUUAAAAGGAAUCAGAAUUGAAGAACAACACGUACAGGAAACCGUCCCAACAAAAUAACAGAGGUAAACACAACAAACCCAAAAAAUAAUUUAAUUCUUAAGAAACCAAAAAAAAUUAAAAAUAAAAAAAAAGGAUUUAGAUCUGAAGUUUUAAACAAAAAAACGAAAACACAACUGUGAUAUUCUUUAAUUUAUGAUGCAAAAACAUAAAUGAGGGUUGUUCUAUUGUUAAUUUGACGUUUGCAACACAAAAUGAUUUCGAAAAAAAAAAUCGAUAAAUUGGAACAAUUAUUCAAACACAACAUCAGGGUUGUUCAAAUGUUGUUUUGCGGUCAGUACUAGAACAACAUUCAUACAUAUAUGUAUCAGACAAAUAUAAUAAUAAAAACUUAAAAAAAAAUAAUGGGUAUUUCUGUUUGGUUGUUUUUGUGUUGUUUUAUUGUUGUUAUUUUAUUUUUUUUGUUGAUUUUUUUUUUGUUGUUUUGCUAUUGUUUUAUUGUUGUUGUACAAUUGUUUUAACAUUAAAUAAGACCCUGGAAUGACAGGUAAUGGAACGUCUACCAGUACUCAUCAAGAGCAAUGGACAAUGGAAUGAAGAUCACAAUUAUGUGAACUAUGUGGCUAGUGGAGAAUUCAUACCAACAAAAUGCAAGUACGAAGAGCUACUGCAAAUACUGGUUACUUCAUUGGGGUGCGAAAACACCAGCACAACACUACAAAUACAGUACCAAGCUAAAGAAGGAAUACCACCGAUCAAAAUAUGCAACGAUCGAAGCCUCUACUUUUACUUGGAAUUGAAAAUGAAGGAAACAGAUUUCACGACAUAUCCACUAUGUGUGAACCAGGAAAACAACAACACAACACGUGCUGCAACACCAAAUUCGAUAUCCACAACAACACCGAAUGAAUAUAAUGUUGCAAUGAUCGAAAACAACACAACAACGCUUGAAAACAACAUAACAACAACAGAAUCAUACACAACGGGACAGCAAACGGUAGAAGGGGAAAAGUCAGAAACAAUAGAAGAUGAGGAGGACAAAUUCGACAUAAUUGACUAUGCAAAUCUGGUUGCUGAAGAAAUGGUAGAACAACUUGAAAACACCAGUAAAAAACUGGAUCCAGAAAUUGACAUCAACAAUGCAAAGUUAAUAACAGACAAGCAACACCCCGAAGUGGAAAAAGGACAGGCAUACAAAGACAAAGAAACUCUAAAAAAUGUCCUCAGCUACUACGCAAUCAAAAACAACUUUCAGUACAAAGUGUGGAAGUCCUGCUCUCAAGAAUACGAUCGAAAUGUGUUUAUGAAAGCUGCAAUUGGUCACUAAGAGCAUCGAGAAAUGGGCCAACAAACACAUUCAUAAUCAGGAGGUUCUCAAAUAUGCACACAUGCCCCAUAAAUAUAAGGCAUGAAGACCAAAGGCAAGCAACAUCGAAACUGAUAGGGGAAUGCAUAAAACCGAAGUUCUUGAACAUAAAGACCAAGGCAACAGCGAUGGACAUAAAAGGGGAGUUGAAAUACAGAUAUGGCAUCAAAAUGAACUAUAUGAAAGCUUGGAGAAGUAAGGAACAUGCAGUAAACGACUUGAGAGGAAAUGCUAGUGACUCGUACAGCCUAAUACCGAGUUUCUUACACAUGGUGGAAAAAACAAACCCUGGAUCAUUUGUGGAUCUGAAAACGGCAGAAGACAACAGCUUGCUCUUUGUUUUCAUGGCGUUGGAUGCAUCCAUAAAAGGGUGGGGAGCAUGCAGACCGAUAGUUGUUGUGGACGGAACGUUCCUCAAAGCAGCUUAUGGGGGAACUUUGUUGUGCGCAUGCACACAAGAUGCAGCAGGUCAUAUUUUUCCACUAGCGUUUUGUGUUGCAGAUUCUGAGAAUGACCAAUCUUGGAAAUGGUUCUUCAAAAAAUUUAAAGAAGCGUAUGGUGUACGGGAACACCAAUGCCUAAUUUCAGACAGAAAUGAAAGCCUCAUCAAAGCAGCGAGAGAAAUCUAUCCAGAAAUUGCACACAGUUACUGCGGUUACCACAUUUUGAGCAACCUUAAAACAAGCUUCAAACAACAUGCUGCCAAAUACAAUCUGCCAUUCUUUGGAGCAGUGAAAGCCUACACAGAAAAGCAAUUCGAGUUCCACAUGGCUGAAUUGGAUGGAUUGGACAAACGCAUAAGACCUUACCUCAAAAAAAUCGGGUAUGAAAAGUGGUCAAGAAUUCAUAGCCAAAACAAGAGGUAUUCCACAAUGACCUCAAACAUAUCAGAAUCACUGAACGCUGCAAAUUUGGCAGCAAGGGAGCUACCAAUUACAACGCUGCUAGAAUGCUUGAGAGCAUUGGUGCAACAAUGGACGCAUACUAAUAGGACAAAAGCACAAAACACCUUCACUAAGCUAUCACCAACUGGAGAAGACAUACUGUUGAAAAAUUACACAUACUCAUUGAAUCUGGAGGUUAAAGCAACAACAGAUUACUUGUUUGAGGUAACAAGAAUGAAAGAAUCGUGGGAAGUAGACCUAGAAAAAAGAACAUGCACGUGCAACAGGUUCCAAAUAGAUGAAAUGCCAUGCGGGCACGCAGUGGCCGUGAUGAGGGAGAUGAACAUGGACCCGUACACCUACUGUUGAUUACUACACAAAAAAAAUUGGCCGGCAACUUAUUCGGGGACGGUUUACCCAAUAGGACACCAAAGUGAAUGGGAGGUACCGGAUGAAGUGAAAAAUAUUACAGUCUUGCCUCCACAUGAAAGAGUAAAAUCGGGAAGACCAAAAACAUUAAGAAGGAAGGCCGGAUGGGAAAGGGAUCAACACAACAAGUGCAGCAAAUGUGGUGAACUGGGGCAUAACAAAAGAACAUGCAGCAGAAGACGUAGAAGGGAAUAAAAACAACAACAGAACAACAGUGGAAAAACAAAAGAAAACUACACAUACCUUAUGAGAAUUAGAUAUUGAGGAAUUUAAAUUUCUGAAAUACACAGGGAAUACAGUUUUUUAUUUGAAAAACAUUGAUUACAUUGGGAAUUGUUGAUACUCUAGAUUGGAUAUUAAAAGAUGUUGGAUACUAAAUUGAAUAUA